UGCUGUACGUAAUGACGCAACGGGAGCACGUCGUGCCAGGCGUGCUGCGUCAUAUCUUCCAACACAUCCGCCGCUCGGUGGCCGGCUUCCAGCCAGGCAGCCAGCCGCCUCAGGCCCCGCUCCUCCCUGAACCGUUAUCCGCUAAUCACCAUCACCUCCCCCGGUGGAAGCAGACGCGGCUCCGCCUCGGCCAUGACUGGAAGGAGCCGCUGACACCUUCCCAUCCUCCGCCGGAGAACCGGGACUUUUUGUUUUUAGCUCGGUGUAAAUGAGGCGGAGCCUGAGGCGCGGCGGCGGUGGUGAUGGUGUUGGACUCAGGUGAAGUCUUCAUGGAUCAGGUCGAGGCUGAAAGGGUCAGGGACCGGUCCGACGUCCCUCCAGAUCCGCCCAGAACCGCCAAAGCCAGACGGAGCAAUGCGGCCAAGAAGGAGGCGGCGCCGUCCCAGAACGGGGUCGCGACCCCGAGGACCAGGGUGCCGCUCCGCCGGCCCCUCAGCAUGGAGGUGACUCCGCCGCCGCGUCCCGGGGUGCUGCAGCCGCCGUGGCGCGGCGGUGCGGCCGCUCCGUCGCCCCGGGCGCGCAGCCUCACCAGCCCCAGCCUGUCGGCGGGCGGCUGGAUGCGCCGCAGCGAGAGCUCCUGCUCCGUCAACUACGCUGCGGGGCCGCGGGCCGGCGGACGCUUGCGUCCCGCCACCUCCCUACCUCACAUCGCCAAAGGGGCGGUGGGCUCGGCGGCCCCCCCGCCGGCCCGACCCUGCCUGCUGGUCGCCCUGCGACCUUUGAACCUGGAGCAGGAGAAGCAGACGUUCUUCCAGUCUGACUAUAAGUACGAGCCGCAGUUCGAGUACGCGCAGCCCGAACCGCGGAGCGUCCUCGACAAGUACCGGGAGGGGUCGGGCCUCUUCCUGGAGCAGGCCGUUGGGAUCAUGGAGUGUGUCCUGAGGAAGUUCGGCUCCUAUGAGAACUUCGAGGAGGCGACGGGCGGCGGCGUCCUGCCGAAGAGUCAGGUCUGGGCGGCGGUCCGCAAAUACCUGCAGAAGGAGGGCUGCGUGGGGGAGGUGGUGGUGCGUCUCUCUGAUGAGCUGCUGUCGCAGGCCGUCAUGGUGGUGGAGAGCUGCCGUCCCACUCUGACCAUCAACCUGGCCGGCGCUCGCCAGCACUGGCUGGAGGGGAUGCUGCGGCACGAGAUCGGAACCCACUACCUGCGCGGCGCCAACAACGCGCUGCAGCCCUGGGCGUCCGCCGAGGCGCGGCGGCAGCUGGGCCUGAAGCCGGCCAACCCGACGGAGGAGGGCCUGGCCAGCCUGCACAGCGUUCUGCUGAGGAAGCAGCCGCACCUGUGGCGCGCGGCGCUGCUCUACUACACCGUGUUCCACGCCGCCAGCAUGAGCUUCAGCCGCCUCUUCGCCCACAUCGCCCGCUUCGUCCAUGACCCGGACGUCCGCUGGGAGUACUGCCUGCGGGCCAAGAGGGGCCAGACCGACACCGCGCAGCCCGGUUGCUUCAGCAAAGAUCAGGUUUACCUGGACGGGAUCCUGCGGAUUCUUCGCCAUCGAAGGAACAUCGACUUUAAGAUGCUGGCGUCUCUAGGAAAGGUGUCUUUCGAGGACGUGGAGCGUCUGCGUCCUCUGGCGGCACUGAACCGGACCAGAAUCCCUCACUUCAUGCGUGACCAGGAGCGUUACCUGCAGCACCUGGACCACAUCGUGGCCGUCAACGAGCUGGACGACGCAGCGCUGCAGCAGCUGCUGCCCUGAGUCCCAUGAAAGGUCGCAUUGUAACGGCGCUCUACGGGGAAAAACAUCGUAACGGCGCUCUACGGGGAAAAAACGUGGCAUUGUAACAAAACUUUACAGGGAGUCGUAAUGACUCUUUGUAUGGAAAACCUGCCCGGUGAUUUUAUUGAUUCCCACCAAAACUUGACAAGAAAAAACACGUCGCAUCGUAACGCCACUUUACGUGGAAAAACCCGUCCAGCGUUUUUAUAAAACUUGAACGAUCCAAACGGGACGACGCCUCCUUCGUUUUCACUCGGAUGCAUGAUUGUGCUGCGUUUCCCACGUGGAUCGGCGCAUUUUAACCGCGCUCCCUUUAUCAAGUUACCUCACUAUUAUCACUACGUAGUCACCAUUAUAUAUGUAGACUCACAUAAUCAUAGACGGCUUUAUUUAUGCACUUGUUUACAUUUUUGUUGCGUUGCAAAAAGAACAAACUGAAUGUCACUGGUGUUAGCUUUACGUUUUGUUUGUGAAACGACAGUUUUAUGCCUUAGAUUGUUUGCGUUUUUAAAAAGAACACCAAGGACACAACAUUUAAAAACGGGAGGGGUUCGCAGUGACUGAGGCCACGAAUCUUUAAAAUACCAAGUGCCACUGGACUCAGCCGAGCGUUUCGCCCCCAGGGUUUUAAUUAUCAGUGUUAUAAUGAAGCUAAUCAGCGGCGUUGUCUUAACUGUGUCCUUGGUGGGCUUUCUUAGUUCGCUACUGUGAGUUCUCCAGCUGCAACAACCAAACUUUACUUUGUUUGGUUCAAUAUUUGGGGUCUUUGGUGGACGUCUUCCAAAGAUAACAGGUUUUUGGUGACCACUGCCCCUGAAAAUCAUGAUUUUUAAAUCAAAAAUAUAAUUAAUUCAAACUUUAAUCUAUGUUUUUGAAGGGAAAUAACCAUGUCAAGCAAAUAAUGAGCUUAAUGAUAUCUAGGAAUACUAAUCGACCGCAGAGAUAGAGAUUUAUGAAUAACAAAAUGGCCACCUAAUAAGAAAGCAGAAGAUGAGAAUUAUUUAUGGAAGUUAAUAAUAAUGGCAUAAUGGAGAUCUAACAAAUCGGCACCCUACAGAGAAAUUUAAAUAUGACAAAAAAAAUUUUUUUUAGAAUUAUAAAAAAUAAUAAAAAGAAGGUCAUUAAUAAGUUGUGGAGAAGUUGGAUAAAACAUAGCAGCAGUGAAGGGAAGCAGCCAAAAGUCGCACUUUUCUGCACAUAAUCAUGGUUUAACUGUGAGUCACGCCUCUUUGUAGCUUCUUCAAGCUAAUGCUAACCAUCUGGUGGACGGAUAGGAAGGUAAAGUAUUGACACGAAAAGUUUGAAGGGGAACAUUUGGAGAGAGAAUUUAUUUAUCAGAACUGUGGUUGUCAGAUCUUUUGUAUUUUUAUAUUUUGAAUUUUUUAGCUGAGAAACUUUAUGCUCACAAACAACACCUGCAGUGAAACCAUAAACCUCCCAAAUGUUGAACCAGUCCUGAUUUUUUAAAUAGAUGAAAUGCCAAAGUGGCAUCUAUUGUUAUCGGUUGUUCAGUGAAGCAGCUGAACCCAGCUGUCCUGGUUCUGAACCAGAUGUCUCGGUUCUGAUCCAGUUGUCGUGGUUCUGAUCCAGAUGUUUUGGUUCUGAUCCAGAUGUUUUGGUUCUGAUCCAGAUGUUUUGGUUCUGAGGAGGCCGGGUCUCGCGGUGCCUUUGAUGGGUGUAGCGCUCAUCUGCUGUAGCUAAUUACUGUGUUCGUUGGCUGCUUUUUACUUUGACACUACAGACGUCGGUCAGGGCAUUCGGUUCGGGUCGGAGCAGAACCGGUUUUUAUCUGGAUGCUUUUUAAAUGCGUGGGUUUGAUUUUUUUGGAAGCGGUUGGACUUUUCUCUGCUGUGUUUACAGCUCACGUCGCCUCAGCAGGAACGUUUCGAAUCCGAGCGGGCCGUCCCGUUCAGAACUUCGACCCGGAUUCUCCCAAAACGAAUGCACCAACUUGUAACGCACGAAUGUUGCACAAGUGUUUUCUGUUCUGGAAAUACAUGUUGAAGUUCCAGUGUUAUUUAUUAAACACGCACUUAUUGAACUCUU